AUGGCGAAGGGUCUGCAGGGCUUCUUGUGGACCAUGCUGCUGCUGUUCUGCGCCAUCCAGGAGCUGGGGUCCUGGGCCAUGCACACGGCGGUGGAGGGCCCUGGCCUGGGGGAGCCCGGGGACCCUGCACUGCUGUCCACCGGGAGAGUGAAGCGUGGCUGGGUCUGGAAUCAGUUCUUUGUGGUGGAGGAGUACACGGGCACGGAGCCGCUGUACGUGGGGAAGAUCCACUCGGACUCAGAUGAGGGAGAUGGCUCCAUCAAGUACACCAUCUCCGGGGAGGGCGCAGGGACCAUCUUCCUCAUCGAUGAGAUCACAGGUGACAUCCACGCCACCGAGCGCCUGGACCGGGAGCAGAAAACUUUCUACACGCUGCGGGCUCAGGCCCGGGACCGGCAGACGGAUCAGCUGCUGGAGCCCGAGUCAGAGUUCAUCAUCAAGGUACAGGACAUCAAUGACAGCGAGCCACGCUUCCUGGAGGGACCCUACAUCGGCAGCGUGGCGGAGCUGUCCCCCAUCGGCACCUCUGUGAUGCAGGUGAUGGCCUCUGAUGCCGACGACCCCACCUAUGGGAGCAGUGCCCGGGUAGUCUACAGUGUGCUAGAGGGAGAGCAGCACUUCACUGUGGACAGUAAAACAGGUGUGAUCCGGACAGCCGUGGCAGACCUGGACCGUGAGACACAGGACCGCUAUGAGGUGGUGAUCCGUGCCACAGACAUGGCAGGACAGCUGGGUGGCCUGUCCGGAUCCACCACAGUCACCAUCGUAGUCACGGAUGUCAACGACAACCCACCACGCUUCCCUCAGAAGAUGUAUCAGUUCAGCAUUGUUGAAACGGCUCCCGUGGGCACUGCCAUCGGGAGGGUGAAGGCAGAGGACUCUGACGUCGGGGAGAACACGGACAUGACAUAUAAAGUGAAGGAUGAGGAAGGGGUGGAGAUGUUCAAAGUCACCACGGACAGCAAUACCCAGGAGGCUGUCAUCACGGUACAGAAGCCUCUUGACUACGAGUCAAAAAAAGUGCACACUGUUGUGGUGGAGGCCCUCAACAAGUUCGUGGACCCACGGUUCGUGGACCUGGGCACCUUCCGGGACCAGACCAUCGUGCGGGUCUCAGUGCUGGACGUCGAUGAGCCCCCUGAAUUCCGGCCCCCCUCCAACCUGAUGGAGGUCCAGGAAGAUGCACAUGUUGGAUCUGUUGUGGGAGUGGUCACUGCCCUGGACCCGGACACAGCAAACCACCCUGUCCGGUACGCCAUCGACCGCAGCACGGAUGCUGAGAGGAUCUUUGACAUCGAUGCCAAAACAGGAGCUAUUGUGACAGGAAAGGUCCUGGACCGGGAGACAGCAGGGUGGCACAACAUCACUGUCCUGGCAAUGGAAGCAGAUAAUCACUCCCAGGUGUCGAGGGCCUCUCUCCGUAUCCGAAUCCUGGACGUCAAUGACAAUCCACCUGAGCUUGCCACCCCCUAUGAAGCUGCCGUGUGUGAGGAUGCAAAGCCAGGCCAGCUGAUCCAGACAAUCAGCGUUGUGGACCGGGAUGAGCCUCAGAGUGGCCACCGUUUCUACUUCACACUGGCGCCUGAAGCCACCAACAACCACCAUUUCUCUUUGCUGGAUAUCCAGGACAACACGGCAGCAGUGCACACACAGAGAGUGGGCUUCAAUCGCCAGGAGCAGGAUGUGUACCUGCUCCCCAUUCUGGUGGUGGACAGCGGCCCCCCAGCCCUGAGCAGCACAGGGACUCUGACCAUCCGUGUCUGUGGCUGUGAUAGCAACGGGGCCAUCCAGUCCUGCAACAGCACAGCCUACGUCGUGUCAGCCACGCUGAGCCCCGGCGCCCUCAUCGCGCUGCUGGUCUGUGUCCUCAUUCUGGUUGUGCUGGUCCUUCUGAUCCUCACACUGAAGCGACACCAUAAAAGCCACCUGACCUCUGAGGAUGACGAGGACAUGAGGGACAAUGUCAUCAAAUACAACGAUGAAGGGGGUGGUGAGCAGGACACAGAGGCCUAUGACAUGUCAGCCCUGCGCAGCCUCUACGACUUCAGUGAGAUCAAAGCUGGGGAUGGAGGUGGGGGGCCAGGAGAGGGAGGCCCAGGCAGAAACCCAGCCUCUGAGCUCCAUGCCCUCCCCCAGUGGGUGCAGAGCCCAGACCUGGACUUCUCUGUGUUCAGAGACUAUAUCUGCAGGAAGGUGGAGCAGGCGGAUGAGGACCUCUCUGUGCCGCCCUAUGACUCAUUCCAGACCUAUGCCUUCGAGGGCUCGGACUCCCCAGUGCCCUCCCUGAGCUCCAUCAACACCUGGUCCAGUGGCUCGGAGCAGGACUUCUCCUACCUGGGGGGCUGGGGGCCACGUUUCCGACAGCUGGCAGCGCUGUACGCGGGGCGCAGGGGCGACGAGGACAGCGAGGAGUCCUAGCUGCCCCUCCGGCCCCGUGGACUCCGGGCACCUCCUGGACUGGGGCUCCAGGCUGUGAGGAGUCACAGGGAAUUGGGAAUCGUGUGCUCCUGGGCUGGAUUCCACGGCUGCACCGCGGGCACGGGGGACUGCUUCUCUGCAGCUGCAUUUGGCUCAGGUGGGCUCCACACCCCCCUGGGGAGGCUGGGGAGCCCAGAAGAGUCACAGGGGUGUCUUCAUCUUCUCAAAGCCAGUCUCCAUUAAAGCACUACCCAUUGACUUAAGAAGGAGAAAAUCUAAUUCAAGAGGGUUUGGAGAGGGUUUCUCCCCCACAAAUUAUCAUUUAAAUAGAUCUGUUUGGUGAUCCCCAUCCAGGAGAGGAAGAGCAAACCGGGAGCCUUUUGUUGUCUAAAUUGUUUUUGUCACUUGAGUCAGAGCAUUUAAAGAGCUUUGAUUUCUUUAAGAGCUUUCCUUGCUGAGGGAAACAAGCUUUUAACUUCUGUUCAGAUUUUCCCCUCCUAAGUUUACCUGUUUUUGAAGUCUUCCUUCUUGCUGCUCCCCGUUGGCCUCUCAGUAGUUCCCAGCUGCGGGUAUGGUGUUGGAGGGAGGAUGCCAGGCUGGGAUCACAUCCUGCACAGAGCAUCUGCACACCUCAAACCAG